AGAUGAGACGGUGACAGCCCGGCCAGCGGGCGGGCGGGCGGGCAGGCGGGCUGUUGGGGCUGGGAGGUGGGACCCGGAGAGGGGUGGCCGCAGGGCCCGGCCGGGCUGGGGCGGGGGGCCGCAGCCAUGAUCCGGGCCUUCUCGUUCCCGGUGAGCCCCGAGCGUGGCCGGCUGCGGGGCUGGCUGGAGGGCAGCCUGGCCGGGCUCUGCGAGUUGCACUGGCUCCGGGAGAGGCAGGAGUACCGCGUGCAGCAGGCGCUGCGGCUGGCCCAGCCUGGAAUGGGGGGCGCCGAGGCCGAGGACGAGGAGGACGCCGACGAGGACGAAGAUGCGGCAGCAGCGCGUCGGGCCGCCGCGGCCUUAGAGGAGCAGCUGGAGGCCUUGCCCGGGCUCAUCUGGGAUCUGGGCCAGCAGCUGGGAGACCUGAGCCUGGAGUCAGGGGGCCUGGAGCAGGAGAGCGGGCGCAGCUCGGGCUUCUACGAAGACCCGAGUUCCACUGGAGGCCCAGACUCGCCACCAUCGACCUUCUGUGGGGACAGUGCCUUCUCCGGAUCUGGCUCCUAUGGACGCCUGGGUCCCUCGGAACCCAGGGGCAUCUAUGCGAGUGAGAGGCCCAAGUCUCUAGAUAGGAGAGAAAUGGAGGGAGGAGGGGGAGACAGAGAAGGGAAGAGAAAGAUAGACACCUGCAGACCUGCUUCACCGCCUGUGAAUCGACUCCCCUGCAGGAGACGCCAGUCCCAGCGCUCCGGAGGCGGCGAGCGCCCGGGCCGCGGUGCCGCGCUCCUUCUCGGCGCCCUACCCGACGGCGGCAGCGGAGUCCUGCUCGUCGGCCGAGCGGCGGCCGCGCGCGGGGCCCUUCCUGACGCCCAGCCCCCUGCACGCGGUGGCGCUGCGCAGCCCGCGGCCCUGCUCCCGGUCGCCGGCGGACUCGACGGACGCAGCGGGCGCGGGCGCGGGGCGGCCCCUGGACGGCUACAUCUCGGCGCUUCUGCGCAGGCGCCGCCGCCGGGGGGCGGGGCAGCCCCGGACGAGUCCCGGGGGCGCGGACGGGGGCCCGCGGCGCCAGAACAGCGUGCGCCAGCGGCCCCCCGACGCGUCCCCGUCCCCCGGAGGCGCGCGGCCCGCGCCCGAGCUCCCGCUGGAGCGCGUCGGGGGUCGCCCCGCCAGCCCGGCCGCCCUAGGCCGCGCCUGGGCCUCGCCGUGGGAGCCGGAGGCGGCCGCCGAGCCCGCAGCGCCGCCCGCCGCGUCCUCGCCCCCCGACAGCCCGGGCGAGGGCCGCCUGGUGAAGGCGCAGUACAUCCCCGGCGCGCAGGCCGCCACCCGCGGGCUCCCCGGCCGCGCCGCGCGCCGCAAGGCGCCGCCCCCCCUGACGCGAGGCCGCAGCGUGGAGCAGUCGCCGCCCCGCGAGCGGCCCCGGGCCGCCGGCCGCCGCGGCCGCGUGACGGAAACGUCGGGCCGGCGGGGCUCGCCCAGGGCGCGCAAGGCCGCGCGCUCGCAGUCGGAGACCAGCCUGCUGGGCCGCGCCGCCGCGCCCCCGGGGCCCCCCAAGUACCCCACGGCCGAGCGCGAAGAGCCGCGGCCCCCCAGGCCCCGCCGCGGGCCCGCACCCACCCUGGCGGCGCAGGCCGCGGGCUCCUGCCGUCGCUGGCGCUCCACCGCCGAGAUCGACGCGGCCGACGCACGACGUGCGCGCCCCCGCGGCCCGUCCACGCGCGGCCCCGGCCCCGUCCCGUCCCCGUCGGCCCCGCCGCGCCGCCUGCUCUACGGCUGCGCGGGCAGCGACUCCGAGUGCUCGGCCGGGCGCCUGGGGCCCCUGGGACGCCGCGGCCCGGGGGGCGGCGGGGCGGGCGGCUACGGGGAGAGCGAGUCGAGCGCCAGCGAGGGCGAGUCGCCCGCCUUCAGCUCCGCCUCCAGCGACUCGGACGGCAGCGGCGGCCUCGUGUGGCCGCAGCAGCUGGUGGCCGCGUCGGGCCCCGGGGGCGCGGCCGGGGCAGGGGCGCCCGCGGGCCCCGCCAAGGUCUUCGUGAAGAUCAAGGCUUCCCACGCACUCAAGAAGAAGAUCCUGCGCUUCCGGUCGGGGUCACUCAAGGUCAUGACCACAGUGUGAGUUGGGGGGAGCGGCCGGCUUGCAGGGGCUGCCGACCCCCAUCGCGACCCCCAUCGCGGCUGUGUCACUCGCGCCCCAGGCCGGUCUCCGAGGUGUCCUCGGUUUCCAAAGACCCCCUCCCUCCCUCCCUCCCUCCCUUCCUCCUGUCCUCCUUCCGCCCUUCAUCCUCUGCAGCCUCCUUAACAAGGAAGGAGCCCCCCACCCCACCCCACCCCACCCCACCCCACCCCCGUUUCCCCUUGUCUGUGCUAUGGGUGUACUGUGGUGUGCAGAAGAGGGGUUCCCUCUGAACCCCCCCCCCCCACAAUUUAGCCUAGACGCUUAGUCUUGUCUGUUUCACUUCGCUCACCGAGGCCUGUCAUCUCCCUUUUUCAUGCCCACAUCGGCCCCCACCACCACCCCUGGCCCAGUUCACCAAGUGCCCCUCCAUUUGUCCCUGCACCCCUAAGAUUUCCUCCUUGGCACCCACCCACCCAUCCACCCCCAACACACACACACACACACACACACACACACACACACACACACACACACACACACACACACACACGAGACUCUGAGUCUGACCCAGAUGGUGCCUGCAGAAUGCCCUGGGCGGGGAAGGAGCCCCCAGGCUUUGGGGUUUUGAGGGUCACGUAGGAGUUGGUAACAUCUGUAAAGAAGAGAAACUUUCGUUUACCUCUCCCCUUCUCCCCCCCACACACACACUCACAAUGAUGGAGGAUUGGGAGGUGGAAGAGGGGAGGAAGAUGGCUUCUCUCUCGUGCCCCCCCUCCCCUCCUCUCAGAGGGAGCUGGGAGAGAGCUCAGGAUGACCCUCAACUGUUUGAAUCCAGUAUUUUAUUUUUUUUCCUUUUAAAAAAGUUACUGUAUUUAUUAUGACGAUGAUGACUCCCCGGUGCACAGGGGGGGCCAGAUUCUGUUUCUCUAACCUCUUUGUAAAUAAAUGCACAGUGUUCCAUA